AUGAAACAGCCCUACAAAACCACGUGGCGGGUGUACCUUCCGGGGGCUUUUGUUCUCGCGAUUUACAGUUUCGCCAUUUACUUUAACCGAACCCGCGGGGACGUUGUGAAAUACGGCCAUGACUUUGUGCCUAUCUAUUCUGAAGACGGAAAGCUGGAGGGGUUCACACACCCCGUGCUUGUGAAGGCGGGCGACAAGUACCGGAGCACCGAGGAGUCAAAGAUGAAAUCUGCGUGA